UCAGCUUUAACACACCUUGGCUGGGUCUGGAUAAAAAAAAACUGGGCACUGAAAAUUUCUAGAAGAAAGCAUCAGGAAAAGAAAGAGAGAGGGGGACUUACUCAAAGUUGUUUCAGAUUCCUCCAAAAUUGCAAGUCUGGUGGCUAUGGGAUGGAUGUGACCAAGAAAAACAAGCGGGAUGGCACUGAAGUCACUGAAAGAAUCAUUACUGAGACAGUGACGACACGACUCACUUCCUUACCACCAAAAGGGGGGACCAGCAAUGGCUAUGCUAAAACAGGCUCACUGGGUGGAGGGAGCCGGCUGGAGAAACAAAGCCUGACCCACGGCAGCAGCGGCUACAUCAACUCAAGUGGAAGCUUACGAGGCAAUGCCUCCACCUCCAGUUACAGGAGGGCUCAUUCACCUGCUUCCACUGUGCCCAACUCGCCAGGAUCAACCUUUGAAAGGAAAACUCACAUUACCCGCCAUGGAACGUACGAAGGGAGUUCCAGUGGCAACUCUUCUCCAGAGUACCCGCGAAAGGAAUUCGCAUCUUCUGCAACCAGAGGACGGAGCCAAACGCGAGAGAGCGAAAUUCGAGUUCGACUGCAGAGUGCCUCACCAUCUACCAGAUGGACAGAAUUGGAUGAUGUCAAGCGUUUGCUCAAGGGGAGCCGAUCAGCAAGUGCCAGUCCUACACGGAACACCUCCAACACACUCCCCAUCCCCAAGAAGGGCACCGUGGAGACCAAAAUGGUGACAGCAAGCUCCCAGUCAGUGUCGGGUACCUAUGAUACAACAAUCCUGGACACCAACCUUCCCUCUCACAUGUGGUCCUCUACCUUGCCCGCGGGGUCCUCCAUGGGGACCUAUCACAACAACAUGACAACCCAGAGCUCCUCCCUUCUCAACACCAAUGCCUAUUCAGCAGGAUCAGUCUUUGGAGUUCCAAAUAACAUGGCAUCCUGCUCUCCCACCCUACACCCUGGACUCAGCACUUGCUCCUCAGUGUUUGGCAUGCAGAACAAUCUCGCCCCCAGCUCAUCUGCCCUGUCGCAUGGUACAACCACCACUUCCACAGCAUAUGGUGUGAAGAAAAACAUGCCCCAGAGCCCAGCUGUCGUGAGCACUGGUGUGUCCACAUCUGCUGCCUGCACCACCAGUGUCCAGAAUGAUGACCACUUGCACAAGGACUGUAAAUUCCUGAUCCUGGAGAAAGACAAUGUGCCAGCCAAGAAGGAGAUGGAAUUGCUGAUCAUGACCAAGGACAGUGGGAAGGUGUUCACUGCCUCUCCUGCCAGCAUUGCUGCAACUUCUUUUUCAGAAGACACUCUGAAGAAAGAAAAACAGGCUGCCUACAUGGCUGACACCUGUCUGAAGGCAGAAACUAAUGGAGACAUGAAGACCGUGUCUGCAAAGGGCAAGGUGGCCUCCGCAGAAAUCCACAGCUAUGACCAUGGUGGUGGUGGCAGCAGAGGUGGAGGAGGUGGUGGUGGGGGAGCAUGGGGGGCCGCGCCCGCCUGGUGCCCCUGUGGCUCCUGCUGCAGCUGGUGGAAAUGGCUGUUAGGCCUGCUGCUCACCUGGCUGCUGCUCCUGGGGCUUCUCUUCGGCCUCAUUGCUCUCGCGGAGGAGGUGAGGAAGCUGAAAGCCCGCGUGGAUGAGCUGGAGAAGAUCAAGGACAGGUACUAUGAAGACAAGAUGGAGAGGAGCAGCAAGGACCGCCUCCAGGGUGUGGCACCUGGAGCAGGAACAGGCGAGGGCAAAGCCGGGCUGGAUGGCCCAGGCCAAGAGGCGCUCUGGCUAUUCGUCAGGAACAAGCUGAUGAUGGAACAGGAAAAUGGAAAUCUCCGAGGAAACCCUGGCCCUAAAGGUGACAUGGGAAGUCAAGGCCCUAAAGGAGACCGAGGGCUCCCUGGGACACCAGGUGUCCCUGGACUCUUGGGCCACCCUGGUCCAGAAGGACCAAAGGGACAAAAAGGCAGCGUGGGAGAUCCUGGCAUGGAAGGACCCAUGGGCCAGAGAGGGCGAGAAGGCCCCAUGGGACCUCGUGGUGAACCAGGGCCUCCUGGAUUUGGAGAGAAAGGGGACAGAGGAGCUGCUGGUCCUCAGGGUCCUCCCGGCGUCCCAGGUUCUGUGGGUCCCAAAGGUUCCAGUGGUUCUCCUGGCCCCCACGGUCCCCCAGGCUCUAUGGGUCUCCAAGGGCUCCGAGGUGAAGUGGGACUUCCUGGUGUCAAAGGUGACAAAGGACCUAUGGGACCACCAGGACCCAAAGGUGACCAUGGUGAGAAAGGACCCAGAGGCCUCACAGGCGAGCCUGGCAUGAGAGGUUUGCCUGGGGCCGUGGGUGAGCCUGGAGCCAAAGGAGCAAUGGGCCCUGCCGGCCCCGAUGGACAGCAAGGCGCAAGAGGUGAACAAGGCCUAACAGGGAUGCCUGGGACCCGUGGCCCACCAGGACCUGCUGGAGAUCCAGGAAAGCCAGGUCUUACAGGACCCCAGGGACCUCAAGGACUUCCUGGCACCCCUGGCCGACCAGGGACUAGAGGUGAACCUGGUGCUCCAGGCAGAGUCAUGACUUCAGGAGGGUCAUCGACGGUCACUGUGCCCGGACCCCCUGGACCUCCUGGUGCUAUGGGACCCCCAGGACCUCCAGGGACCCCAGGUCCUGCUGGCCCUGCUGGUCUCCCUGGACAGCAAGAAGGUCUUGAUUUACGAGGUCCCCCAGGUCCACCUGGACCACGUGGGCCACCAGGACCUUCCAUCCCAGGCCCACCAGGACCCCGAGGCCCUCCAGGAGAAGGCUUGCCAGGCCCACCAGGUCCACCAGGAUCUUUCCUGGCUGACUCAGAAACCUUCUUUUCUGGUCCCCCAGGCCCACCUGGACCCCCAGGUCCCAAGGGAGACCAAGGUCCCCCAGGUCCCCGAGGACACCAAGGCGAGCAAGGCCUCCCAGGGCUCUUAACUGCUGAUUCCAGCUCUCUUGGAUUCAACCUGCAGGGACCCCCAGGCCCACCUGGCCCGCAGGGACCCAAAGGUGACAAAGGUGAUCCUGGUGUUCCAGGGACUCCUGGCUUCCCUGGUGGUCCCUCUCGAGAGGGGUCCUCAAGCACCAGAUACAUGCAGGGGCCCCCUGGCCCACCAGGGCCCCCUGGGCCUCCAGGCUCCCUCAGCAGCUCUGGCCAGGAGAUUCAGCACUACAUCUCAGAGUACAUGCAGAGUGACAGCAUUAGGUCUUAUCUGUCUGGAGUUCAAGGUCCUCCGGGACCACCUGGUCCCCCAGGGCCUGUCACCACCAUCUCAGGCGAGACAUUCGACUACUCACAGCUGGCAAGCAACGUUGUCAGAUACUUGCGAACUUCAGGCUUCAGCUUUACCUCGGCCUCCAUCUCCUCAGAAGACAUCCUGGCCGUGCUGCAGCGGGAUGACGUGCUUCAGUACCUGCGUCAGUACCUGACAGGCCCUCAGGGUCCCCCAGGGCCACCAGGAGCCAGUGGAGAUGGGUCCCUCCAGUCCUUGGACUAUGCAGAGCUGAGCAACCGCAUUCUCAGCUACAUGUCGAGUUCUGGGAUCAGCAUUGGGCGUCCUGGCCCACCAGGCCCCCCUGGCCUGCCGGGAACAACCUAUGAGGAGCUCCUCUCCUUGCUCCGAGGGUCUGAAUACAGAGGCAUCAUUGGACCCCCAGGUCCCCCAGGGCCACCUGGGAUUCCAGGCAAUGCAUGGUCCAGCAUCAGUGUGGAGGACCUCUCAUCUUACUUGCACACUGCUGGCUUGUCAUUCAUCCCAGGCCCUGCAGGCCCUCCUGGGCCCCCCGGUCCUCGAGGGCCCCCAGGUGUCUCAGGAGCUCUGGCUACCUAUGCAGCUGAAAACAGCGACAACUUCCGCAGUGAGCUGAUUAGCUACCUCACAAGUCCUGAUGUGCGCAGCUUUAUCGUUGGCCCCCCAGGCCCUCCUGGGCCACAGGGUCCACCUGGAGACAGCCGCCUAGCAUCACAAGAGAACGCCUACAGUUGGGGUAGCAGCUCUUCCAGACGGGGUGCCUCCUACAGCUCUUCCAUGGGUGUAGGGGGAGCCAAUGGAGGCUCCCUGGGUGGAGAUGGAGCCUUUGGUGCAAGAGAUGGGGGUCCAUAUGGCACUGAUGUUGGAGGUUAUGGGGCAGCAGCAGACGGCGGUGGCAUGUAUGGUGGCCGUGGCGAAUCACUCCAGGCUGGCUUCACUAGGGACCUGGACUACAAUGAGCUGGCUGUGCGGGUGUCGGAGAGCUUGCAGCGUCAGGGCCUGCUGCAAGGGAUGGCCUAUACUGUCCAGGGCCCGCCAGGUCAGCCUGGGCCCCAGGGCCCCCCUGGCAUCAGCAAGGUCUUCUCUGCCCACAGCAAUGUGACGGAGGACCUCAUGGACUUCUUCCGAACUUAUGGAACCAUUCCAGGACCACCUGGACAGAAGGGAGAGGUGGGCAACCCAGGACCCAAAGGUGACAGAGGUCCUGCUGGACCACGAGGUCUUCCUGGGCCACCUGGCUCUCAAGGGCAGAAGGGAGAGAAAGGAGACAAAGGUGACCAAGUCUAUGCUGGGCGGAGGAAGAGAAGUACUGCCACCAAGCCAUGA